AUAUACGUUGGUAUUAUUGCAACGAACAUAAAGAAAAGGCGUUGGCUUCAUACAUUUCUAAACUAAAAAUAACCAUGGAGUGUCACGUGACGACAUUGGACCGUAGUUCAAGAUGGAGUCUGCGCCUUAUUUUGUAGCUUUCCACCUACAGUAAUCAUAAUAUGGCAAAUUAUAUCAGUGAUUUUUAAAGUUCUGAGUUUGAGGAGUUCAUUUUUCUUUGCUUCUCGUCAAUCUGUAUGGGAUUUGAAUAUAGGUCUUUGAUGAAAAGAGAGGUUAUUUGCUAAACAUCUGUCAACUGAAACAUCWAGCUAGGUAGCAAUCGGUUAAGUGUUUGGAAUGUUCAUAAACGUUCUAWUAAUUCGGAGAUCGAUAUGACGCUGAGAGAGUUAAAGGUUUGCCUUCUUGGGGACACUGGGGUUGGAAAGUCAAGCAUUGUUUGGAGGUUUGUGGAGGACAACUUUGACCCCAACAUUAAUCCAACUAUUGGGGCAUCCUUCAUGACAAAGACGGUGCAGUAUCAAAAUGAGCUUCACAAAUUUCUCAUCUGGGACACUGCAGGGCAAGAGAGAUUCCGUGCGUUGGCGCCAAUGUACUACAGAGGCUCUGCGGCAGCCAUCAUUGUUUAUGACAUCACUAAAGAGGACUCGUUCCAGACGUUGAAGAACUGGGUGAAGGAGCUUCGUCAGCACGGCCCGCCCAACAUCGUGGUAGCCAUCGCUGGCAACAAGUGUGACCUGUCCGAUGCCAGGGAGGUCUCGGAGAAAGAUGCCAAGGACUAUGCUGACUCCAUCCACGCCAUCUUUGUGGAGACCAGCGCCAAGAACGCCAUUAACAUCAAUGAGGUCUUUAUAGAGAUAAGUCAACGGAUCCCUGUCCUAGAUGCAGGGGGAGGGGCUGCAGGGAAUGGCUUCAAACUGCGCCGGCGGCCCUCAGAGACCCGGACCCGGACCUGCUGCUGAUGCUGCCAGUGAACCCUGACCUUAGUCCCACAUUGACCCUUCUCUGCUUGCGGCCUCCAUAAUCCCCCCUAACCACAGACCUGCGUCAUAGAGACCUGGGAGCUGCAAAUGCCACUCCUCCAUUGGGAAACCCUGAUUACUACCGCCAUUGCAUCCUGCAUCUAAUGCUACACUGUAAAGAGAGAGCAGCUGAGCAAAUUACAGUUCACUGGGAUAUAUGACCAUAUCUCAUCGUUCUAUGCGGCUAACUUUGGCUUAGUUAUUGUGAAGCUGUAGUCUUGUGUUUUUAAUGCCUUUCUGGAGCCCAAAAGGUUAAAAUGAAGUCCACAGCCUUUAAAGGUGCUUUAUUUGUCUGCAUUUGUCGUGCAGCAGAAGUCAGGGCAUUUAUUAUUCUUGCGCUUAACCAAGCAGCACAGAGCUGUUGUGAAGGAAGUUGUCAAGGCAGUGAGUUUGUUUAUGCAGGACCUCCCGCCCUCACCUACCGCCAACCAAUCACGUCACUGCGGAGUUAUACGGAGCCCUCUGUAUUGUUACACAAUUUGAGAUGCGCACGGCGAUGUGGUAUGGAGCUGAAUUGCGUCACACCAUCCAUACGGUGCAUCCGAAUACAUUUUUGGAUCAAGCAUAAAUUGGUUCUCAGUAUUUAGCCUUUAGGUUCGCCAAGUAGGUCUAUGGCAGCUAUCCUUUAGGUUCGCCAAGUAGGUCUAUGGCAGCUAUCCUUUAGGUUCGCCAAGUAGGUCUAUGGCAGCUAUCCUUUAGGUUCGCCAAGUAGGUGUAUGGCAGCUAUCCUUUAGGUUCGCCAAGUAGGUCUAUGGCAGUCUCACCCCCCUCCUUGCUGUGUUCACUUCAUCCUCCCGUAUUCCAGAUCUGUGGCUCGUCCAAGCCUAUGGCACCAGAUUCCUAUAUGGCUCUGGUCAAAAGUAGUGCACCUUAUACACUGAGUGUACAAAACAUUAAGAACACCUUCCUAAUAUUGA